AUGGAUGAAACGACAGCUGCGAGUAGCAAGGCACCUCCGCAACUAGAGACGACCGCGGUUGCAGACCACAGACAGCAAGUCAUUGCAGAGAGCUCCUGCCUAGCAGCCGCCCUCGCUGCAUCCAGGCCAGAUCCAUGGGGACCUGGAUAUCUGCGCUUGUAUCUCAUCUGCAGCCUUAUUUUCUUGGUCGCCACAAUGCUGGGGAACGUAAUGGGCAGCAUCAAUGCGCUUCCCGAAUAUACGGCAUACUACCAUCUUCCAGUCACUGGAAACGCAGGCACGGGCAUAGUGUUCUCCAUUUUCCAGGUCUUUGGUCAAAUGGCUGCGGCCGUUUUCUUCUGGUUUGUGGAUUGGCAAGGCCGACGAUUGUCCAUAUUUGUCGGUUGCCUAGGAGCUUGCAUCGGCGCCAUUGUCACCGCUGUCGCACCAAGCUUGACGGCCUUCAUUGGCGGCCGCUUUCUACUGUCGUUCUUUGCCGCUAUUGCCACUCAAGGCGCUUCACUCUAUCUCGUGGAGAUCGCACCGCCCCAGUAUCGUGGUACGCUUACCGGGCUGUUCAGCACCUUGUAUUUCUUGGGCUCAAUCAUCGCGACAACGGUCGUCUACGGUGCAAACUUACAUCUGGCAGGCCGCGGAAAUCUAAGUUGGCGCCUACCCCUAUGGCUUCAGAUGGUCUGUCCUGCUCUUGCCUGCCUAGGCAUUUGGUUCUGCCCGGAGUCUCCGCGAUGGCUCGUUGGGAAAGGGUGGCAUACGGACGCGCGGAAGACUCUAACGAAACUUCACGCCAACGGGAUGCCGGACAGUCCCCUAGUCAACCUGCAGCUCGCAGAGAUGUCUGAAUCUCUUGAGCGCGAUGGUAUGGUGGGUUGGCGAACGAUUUUCAACCUCGGGGCACUGUUCAGAACCCGUGCGCGUUUAUACCGAACAGGAAUCGGACUCGCAUUUGCCUGGUUUGCACAAUUCUCGGGUAAUAAUGUUGCAUCCUAUUACCUUCCCAUUCUGUUGCAGAAUGUUGGCAUUGUUGAUACCAGCACGAAGCUUCUUCUCAACGUCGCCUAUGCAAUCACUGGAUGGAUCCCUGCCAUUGCCGGAGCUCGAUGUACUGUGGGCAUGGCAGUCUGUCUGGCAAUUGCAGCUGGCACUGCUGCAAGGUAUGAGAUGACGGGAAGUAAGGCAGCCUCUGGUGCAUCCAUCGCCUUCAUCUUCGUCUUUGGAUGCGUCUUCGCCUUUGGAUUUACCCCAAUGCAACCCAUAUAUCCAAGCGAGGUCCUCUCUAAUGAUAUGCGAGCCAAAGGCGGCCUUGUCUUUGGACUGGCCAGCGGUUGCGCUGGAUUUGUGAAUACACUUGCAGCACCUGUUGCCCUGGAAAAGGUAAACGAGCGAAAUCGACGAUCUGCGCCUAUGCUGAUGAUGGUACACUUUAGAUUGGUUACUGGUUCUAUGUGUUCUUCGUCGGAUGGGAUCUCCUCGAAUUUUGUGUCAUUUAUUUCUUCUUUGUGGAGACCAAGGGACGGACUUUGGAAGAGAUGGACGCCGUAUUCGAAGCAAAUAAUCCACGGAAAGCUAGCAUGCGAAAGCUAG